GUUGGAAGGCAGUCCAGGAAGAGGUGGUAAAGUCGGGGACAUACCAAUUGACCACUACUGAAUUGGUAUUCGGCGCCAAACUCGCUUGGAGAAACGCUAGUAGAUGCAUUGGGAGAAUACAAUGGUCAAAACUACAGGUAUUCGACUGUAGGCAGGUAACUACUACUAGUGGUAUGUUCGAGGCCCUCUGCAACCACAUCAAGUACAGCACAAACAAAGGAAACAUAAGGUCAGCUAUUACGGUAUUUCCACAGCGCACAGACGGUAAACAUGACUACAGGAUAUGGAAUAGCCAGUUAAUAAGCUAUGCCGGGUACAGACAGCCGGACGGCACCGUGCUGGGAGACCCAAUGCAUUGCGAAUUCACAGAGUUGUGUCUCAAACUGGGAUGGAAGCCUCCCCGCACGGCAUGGGACAUCUUGCCCCUGGUAUUGUCAGCUAAUGGAAAGGACCCGGACUACUUCGAAAUCCCCCGGGACCUUGUCAUGGAGAUAAAGAUGACCCAUCCCAAUUACGAAUGGUUCGAGGAACUGGAUCUGCGUUGGUACGCGCUCCCCGCUGUCUCUAACAUGCGCUUCGAUUGUGGCGGUAUUGAGUUUACAGCUAAUGCCUUCAAUGGUUGGUACAUGAGUACCGAAAUCGGAUGCCGAAACUUCUGCGAUACCAACCGUCUUAAUAUGCUAGAGAAAGUGGCACAGAGUAUGGGUUUGGACACCAGAACUCCGGUAAACUUGUGGAAAGACAAAGCCCUCGUGGAAGUUAACGUAGCAGUACUGCAUAGUUUCCAGCAGCAAAACGCUACCAUUGUUGACCAUCAUACAGCCUCCGAAAGCUUCAUCAAGCAUCUCGAUAAUGAAAACAGACUGAGGUCUGGUUGCCCCGCUGAUUGGAUUUGGAUUGUGCCACCUAUGUCCUCUUCAAUAACACCCGUGUUCCAUCAAGAGAUGGCGCUUUAUUACUUAAGACCUGCUUAUGAAUAUCAGGAACCUGCAUGGAAGACUCAUCAAUGGCAAAAAUCAAAGCCAAUCACGGGCAAGAGGCCUAUCAACAGAAAAUUCCACUUCAAGCAAAUUGCACGCGCCGUCAAAUUUACGUCUAAACUGUUCGGCCGGGCUCUAUCUAAGAGGAUCAAGGCGACGGUACUGUAUGCUACAGAAACUGGUAAAUCUGAGCAGUAUGCAAAGGAGCUAGGAGUCAUUUUCGGACACGCUUUCAACGCUCAGGUGCAUUGUAUGGCAGACUACGAUAUCACAUCUAUAGAGCACGAAGCUUUGCUUCUAGUUGUUACGUCCACAUUCGGAAACGGAGAUCCACCAGAAAAUGGCGUGGCUUUUGGUGAACAUCUCUGCGAAAUUUUAUAUACCGAUCAAGUUGGCGCUGAAGAUUCCACAGGGUCUCAAAUGCUGACACCAAAGUCAUUCAUCAAGGCGAACAGUCAAAUAGAGCUCCAGCGUUAUGCCUCUGGCAAUCCAAAACAACUGAACAGAUUGGAAUCUUUGAAAGGAAGUGCUACUGACGCCACAUCCAUUGAUAGUUUCGGCCCAUUAAGCAAUGUCCGCUUCGCCGUUUUCGCUCUCGGCUCGAGCGCUUAUCCGAAUUUCUGUAACUUCGGGAAAUACGUGGAUAAGUUGCUCGGAGACCUUGGAGGUGAACGUAUUCAUGACGUCGCUACUGGCGAUGAAAUGUGUGGCCAAGAUCAAGCCUUCCGAAAGUGGGCCUCCAGCGUUUUUAACGUGGCAUGUGAGACAUUCUGCUUAGAUGAUGACGAAACUCUUCAAGAGGCAAAGCGAGCACUGGGUUCUGUGACACUAAGUGAAGAGACUGUUAGGUUUGCCCAUCCCGCGUGUCGUCCUCCAGCACUACCUGUAGCUUUGCAGUCUGCUUUGAACCGACAACUAGUAACAUGCGUGGUCAAAGCUAACAAAGACUUGGGAGAUUCUUCAGCAGAAAGAUCUACGAUCUUCAUUGAUUUGGAACCAAAGAGUGAAAUUAAGUAUGAUCCUGGAGACCAUGUCGGAAUUAUCGCUUGCAAUCGGAAAGAGUUGGUGGAUACUCUAUUGGCACGUUUGAAAGACGUCAAUGAUUACGAUGAACCAGUGCAACUACAGUUGAUGAAAGAGACUCACACAUCAAGUGGACCCGUAAAAUCUUGGGAACCGCAUGAAAGACUUCCUGCCAUAAGCGUUCGCGAUUUAUUUACAAGAUUUUUAGAUAUAACAACACCACCAACUACAAUUCUUUUACAAUAUUUAGCCAAGACUUGUGACAAUGAAGAUGAGAGGAAACAACUUAACGUUUUAGCUUCGGAUCCAGCGGCUUACGAGGAUUGGCGUCACUUCCGUUUCCCGACGCUUCCUGAGGUGUUAGACCAGUUUCCUUCAGCGAAGCCAAGUGCAUCUCUGCUGGCGGCUUUGCUGUCGCCAUUGCAACCAAGAUUCUAUUCAAUCUCAUCCUCUCCUCUCGCUCACCCGAAACGAUUGCAUCUUACUGUCGCAGUUGUUACAUACCGAACACAAGAUGGUGAAGGUCCUGUCCAUUACGGUGUUUGUUCAAAUUAUCUCAUGGAUCGUAAACCAGGCGACGAGGUUUAUCUAUUCAUACGGAGCGCUCCAAACUUCCACCUUCCACAAGAUCUGUCAGUUCCUCUAAUACUAAUCGGUCCUGGUACCGGAAUUGCGCCUUUCCGUGGUUUUUGGCAUCAUCGACGAGCUCAAUUGACAUCUAGAACUCGUUCGACGGCGGGACCCGUAUGGCUGUUUUUCGGAUGUCGAACUAAAACAAUGGACUUGUACCGGGAAGAAAAGGAACAAGCGCUCAAGGAGGGUGUGCUCUCAAAAGUUUUUCUCGCAUUGUCGCGAGAGAAAAAUGUUCCGAAAAUGUACGUGCAAGAGGUAGCCGAAAAGGAAGGUGCGGAAAUACACGACUUACUUGUCAACCACGGCGCACAUUUCUACGUGUGUGGUGACUGCAAGAUGGCAGAGGACGUCCACCAAAAGUUAAAAGGAAUCAUCAAGAAGCACGGCGCGAUGACCGACGAACAAGUGCACAACUUCAUGUUUUUGCUUAAGGAGGAGAAUCGCUACCACGAGGAUAUAUUUGGGAUCACGCUGCGCACGGCCGAGGUCCACAGUGCUUCCCGAGAGUCUGCAAGGAGGAACAGAGUGGCCGUGCAGCCAUGACGCCGGUCCUCCAUGUAUCCCCAGUACUCUCACUUCCCUCAAAAUACCCGUUUCCCUCA